ACUAUGCUCCAAGUUCCCUUUUUGGAUGUGGAGUUAGGUCUAAAUAACUAUGCUAAAAUUACACUCAUACUUUGAUAAACUUCCUGCCUGCAUCAGACAACCAGGUAAAGAGGAAACAUUAAUAGCAGCCACACCUUUUUACCUAACCUGCCGUCUCUGAGAGUAGCUCGGCACAAGGCAUUUUGAGGCGUCACUCAGACACUCACUGAUCUCUACACCUGGAUGGUAUACGUAAACAGUGUGAUACAAUACUUCAUCUUCUCCUGGCAUUGUGGAUACCAAGGGUCAAGGUAUGUCCACUCCGGCUUCCCAGGGGGUUCUACGACCUGUUCUGAUUGGCUGUUUUUUUAUGGCAUGCUUCGUGGGAAUAUUCUUAAUUUACUACAAACCCCAGAUCAAGUUCCUUUCAUGCCCAACUGACCAGGCAUCCCACGAGGGGAAGGCUGGGUGUUCUCCUUGCCCUCAAGUAAGUAUGGCAGGGAACCACACAGGGCAAAAAACACACCAUGCCCAGACAGACAUUCUGGCCGAUGAUGACGGAGACACAGACACUAUCAUUUUGAUCUGGAUGUGGCCAUUUGGUCAGGCCUUUGACAUAGACUCUUGUGCCUACUUUAACAUCAAAGGAUGUCACCUAACAGUGGAUAAAAACCUUUACAGCAAGGCGCACGGUGUCAUCUUCCACCAUAGAGACAUCCAUGGAGACCUGAAGAACAUGCCCCAAGAGCAACGUCCAUGGUUCCAGAAAUGGGUGUGGUGGAAUGGAGAAUCACCGGCUAAUACAAACAGGAUCCCUGGUGUUGACCACUUGUUCAAUUUGACUGCGAGUUAUCGACUGGAUUCUGAUAUCAAGGUUCCAUAUGGGUCACUUGUUGAGGUAACCAGUGAGGAUAAAAUCUUUGAGCUGCCAAAGAAGGACAAAUUAGUCUGCUGGGUAGUGAGCAACUGGAACCCAAACUACAAGAGGGUACAGGUGUUCAACGAGCUCAGUAGGCAUGUCAAAGUAGAGGCCUAUGGGAGACAUUUUAGUAGAUACCUAGAAAAUGAAGACUACUCAAAGACGCUGUCCAGCUGUAAAUUCUACCUGGCAUUUGAAAACUCCAUCUACAAAGACUAUGCUACAGAGAAGCUGUUCAACGCUAUGAAGUUGGGAGCAGUGCCCGUUGUUCUAGGUCCAUCCAGGGACAACUACGAGCAAUUUAUCCCAAGGGACUCUUUCAUCCAUGUGAAUGAUUUCUCCUCUACAGAGGAGCUGGCAAAGACGCUUCUCUUUCUCGACCAGAAUAAUGAAGAAUACAUGAGGUACUUCACCUGGCGAAAGAACUUUAAAGUCCAGGGAUGGUUGUUUGGACUUGAGCACGCUUGUCGCUCAUGUGAUUAUAUUCAAAGAAAUAAAGGAUACAAAACUUGUCAGAAUCUAAAUAAAUGGUUUUGGGGCUAAGUGACCCAUUUGUAGUGGUGAACAAUGUGGCUGUGUGAAGAGUAUUGUAUGCUGGACAACCAGGGGUGGAAUAGUUUAGGGUACCUUUUGAGAAGUGUAACGGUAAAAUACUGAGCAGGUGUUAUUUCUUCACCACAAAACACUAGAACAUUUCCAAGAAGAGUAGAACCAGUUCACGUUCUUUUACACUAUGAUUUGACUAUUAAUGUUCAAAGCUUCUUUUAAGAAAAAUAUUUAAUCAGGAAUAGUUUUUCACCAUAUUAAAACAACAUUUCAGUUCACGUAACAAGGUAGAGCUUAAAAUUAGGGAUAAAUGAAUCACUAAUCACAAAUGUAACUCUUCAGAAAUUACUGUCAAUGCAACAAAAUAACUAAGGCUUUAAAAUGAUGGGGAAAACUUGGAGAAAUGUUGGGGUUAAGCGGGUCCAAAUCUCCCUAGAAAUCAGAGUGCACGGAGGGACAUGUCAAAACGCUAAAUUUUAGCACUUUAAGUCUUUAUUUAUAUAAAAAAAUCUGAUUUCUCCAUGUGGUCUAUAUUCAAGGGCAUUUCAUUUAAUAUAACAGGGUUUUAAAAUGCAAUACUGGUGCACAAUUUCUACUUCAAAUAUUGAAGGGAUGGACAAGACACUCUUUCUUGAAAAGAAACAACCCUUUAGAAUAUUAGGAGCCCUAGUAGCUGUUGCACGUGCAACAGCCACUCUUUCUGGGGUGCACACAAACCAUAAUGUUACCCACAUUAACAUCAUGUAAUGUAAAAUGUUACCCACAUUAACAAUAUGUAAUGUGAAAUAUUACCCAUAUUAAGAUCAUGUAAUGUGAAAUAUUAUCCAUAUUAAGAUCAUGUAAUGUAGAAAUAUUAACCAUAUGAAGAUCAUGUAAUGUGAAAUAUUACCCAUAUGAAAAUCAUGUAAUGUAGAAAUGCUGUGAAGGAAUCAUACCGUUUUUUCCUUUUUUUUUAGAAGAUUGUAAAUUGAUGUGAGAAUGCAAUGAAUUUUAAAUAUUGUUCAAGAUUUUUGUGGAUAUUUACAUUUUUAUUCAUGUUGACCACCUCACAGCAGCCACAUCAUUUACACCUGCUUGAUCAGUUCAGAAUAUGCACUCCUUUACUCCACUGCCCAAACAGAGCAAUCUCUUUGCAUAUAUUUGUUUUUGCAUUGUUUACCUACCAGCACAAAACAAAGGAAACCAUACAACCUUACUGCACAGACAGAAAGACAAAUUGGUUCUGUCCUUAUUGUGCCUUUAAGUAUCCUUUGAAAGGGGGAAGGGAAAAGUACAGUUGUGAGUAAUUUUCCACACUGACUCUCUCGACACAAUGAAAAGAGUUGUAAGACCUUCAAGAUAUGUCAUGUACUGAAUACUGUCUGAUUAUUAAAAACAAAGGUCUGGAAUGAAUGUGCAUUGACUAUUGUAGAAUGCUUGUAAAAACAUGUACAUUUUACUGAGUUACAGUGUAUAUAAGGAAAUCAGUCAAUUUGAAAAAAGGCCCUAAUCUAUGGAUUUCAUAUGACUGGGAAUACAGAUACCUUAAAUCAGAAAACCACUCAGUAUGUGGUGUGACCGCUAUUUUCCUCAUGCAGCGCAACACAUCUGCUUCUCAUAGAGUUGAUCAGGCUGUUGACUGUGGUCUGUGGAAUGUUGUCCCACUCCUCUUCAAGUUGCUGGAUAUUGGCGAGAACUGGAACAUCUCCUUCACAUAGAGUUGAUCAGGCUGUUGAUUGUGGCCUGUGGAAUGUUGUCCCACUCCUUCAAUGGCUUCGCAAAGUUGCUGGAUAUUGGCGAGAACUGGAACACGUCGAUCCAGAGCAUCCCAAACAUGCUCAAUGGGUGACAUGUCUGAGUAUGAAGGCCAUGGAAGAACUGAGACAUUUUCAGCUUCCAUGAAUUGUGUACAGAUCCUUGUUACAUGCGCUGAUGGGGGCGGAUGAAUGGCACGACAAUGGGCCUCAGGAUCUCGUCCCGGUAUCUCUAUGCAUUCAAAUUGCCAUUGAUAAAAUGCAACUGUGUUUGUUGUCUGUAGCUUAUGCCUGCCCAUAACAUAACCUCACCUCCACCAUGAGAAACUCUGUUCACAACGUUGACAUCAGCAAACUUUUUGGGAUCUUUUAUUUCAGCUCAUGAACCAUGUGACCAACACUUUACAUGUUGCAUUUAUAUUUUUGUAAACAAACAAUUUAAUCAAUUUUGGAAUAAGGCGGUAACGUUAAAAAAAUGUGGAAAAAGUCAAGGGGUCUGAAUACUUUCCGAAUGCACUGUCAGACCACAGCUAUAGGCUAAAGAAUAUCUCAAUCUGGCUAUGAUCCUCGCCCCCAUGAGCUUUUAGAUUCUGUGAGAACAAAUUGCAACACAUCAGACCACAGACAGAUACUGAACGCAGACAGAUACAUUCUGACAGGAAGCAGGGCCACAACCACAAGACAAUGAAAACUUCACACAGGCUUCCUAUAGGCAAUUGUUGUAUAAAAGGCUGGCAGAUUGAUUAAAUAAAUA